UACGCCGUUGACGCCACUCAUUCUCAACAGCCACCGUCAAACGCGUUCGUUACGUUAUUGACGCAAGGCCAAAAACAGGAGAGGGAGAGGAGCGCUUGGCUGCGUAGUGUCUAUUCACGGAGCAGGGCGUACGCAAAGAGCCGGUUGCUGUGGCAACCAGAGCGCGGCCGCGAAAGGCGCUGAGGCGGCGGUGGGGGGUGGGUGGCGGCCGCCUUACAUUCUGUGGUGUGGGACGGAGGUCCUUUCGUUAUUUAGACAUUUGGCUUGUUCUUCAGAGAGAGAAGCUGUUGUUAGGUAGGGUUGUUUUUUGUUUUCUUCACCGUGCAGCUGUUUUUUUUUUGUAGUUGAGCAGUUUUCAGUAUUCAAAGCGGCGUGUUUCUGUCAGCAGCCCCGUUCCCUUGCCGAGGAAGGGGGGAGUCACUGGUCCUUUCGCCUCUUUCAUAGCUUCCUAACAACGAACGUGUACUAAAAUUGCACUUUCAGGAGUCAGAACAGCAUUCAGUCAGUCGUUGUUUUGGUUCAUUAGCUGUCUUGUCACCAGGUGCAGUCAUUUUGGAGUAUUUUUAGGGAUAAGGACAAUCCCAGGAAAAUUAGGGAUGGCGAGCACUCGUAUCUCAGCCCGGCUUCCCCCUGAUAUAGACCCCACAAAAGCUCCUAUUGCAUUUGGAAGGAGGGCCCUUUCUAAACUGAACAAGGAGAUCCAAUCUCCUGAGCUGCUGACUCAGCAGCGUGCAUUGAUGGCACUCUGUGAUCUGGUGCAUGACCCAGAAAAAGUCUACCAGGCAAUACAAAUAGGAUUCGUGGAGAACCUGAAGACUUUGCUGCUGCAUCAUGACAGUACUGUACGACAAAAAACAACAGAAAUCCUCUGUAUAAUGGCCAUGCAUAAUGUUGGCAGGCAAGAGUUGAUACAAAAGGGAGUAAUACCUGCCCUCGCUGAGCUCUUCGAUGAUCCAGUAGAUAUCUGUCGGAAGAACAUGCACCAAAUUUUUGAAAUGAUGGCAAAGUUCCCUGAAGGGGCUGCUGACAUACUGCAUGCUGGUUUGAUUCCCUUACUUAUGUUCAAACUGAAGUCUGAGUUGGAUGAAAUCCAGGAGCUAAUCCUAAAUACACUCUCCAACUGUCUGCGUGUGGAAGCUUCCGAAGCUCUAUCAAGUGGUGCCAUUACCAUCCUGAAGGAAAAGCUCACACAUUCAUCGGUGACCAUCAGAAGCAAAGCAGCUCGGGUCCUUUUAGCAAUGGGUACCCAUCCAGAGGGAAAAGUCAUGGUAGGUGAAGUUAUUCCUGUGCUGGUGAGCCUGUUAGAAGACACAGAUCCUGAAGUCCAAGCCAGCGCAACAGGAGCACUGAUGUUUGCUACCGUUAAACCUCAGGGGAGAUUCUCAGCCCUAGGUGCUGAAGCCAUUCCACCUUUACUGAAGUUGGUUGCUGGGGAAACCAGCAAAGCCCGUCUGAGCGCAAUCAAAACCCUCACCAUGCUGGCUGAGCUACCGGAGGGCCGCAGGAAACUCCUAGAUCAUACAGACAUGUUUCAGCAGUGUCUGAAUGAUCCCUGUGAGGCGGUGAAAAGAGCUGCCAAAAUUGCCAUCUGUGUCAUCAAAUGGAAACCUUUCUGAAGAUGUGAUGUUUCAUAGAGAUCUAUUGCCCUCUGUUGUUGUCUUGCUGUAAAAGUUGCAUGAUUAUGCGACCUUCAAAAACAAAGCUCUUUCUCAGUUACUCAGAAACAGUUACUCCUGAAAAGUCAUUUGUCAACUGUUUCACAUCUGUCUUACAGGUCACAAGCAGAGCAAUGGGGAAAAAGGAAAGGUAGCAAGUCUAGAACUCUCCACCAGGAGUUAUUUCCUGAGAUACAAAGUUUUUUCUGUCAUACAAGAAACUGAUACUGUGUGUAGUCUUCGUAUUCUCUCUUUUUUCUGUUUCUUUUUUAAUCUCAGCCUGUCAGACACCAUCAAUAACUAAUUAUAUUAGAAAGAAAGGUUCAUAAUUAACCUCUCCAGCAGUCUUGGCUGUGGUGGGAAAUUGACCUAGCAAAAAGCAUUUACAUGAGUUUUGUUGCAAACAUAUGUUGAACACAGGAUUAGAACCAUUUAGAGCAUCAUCAUUGAAAAAAUCAAUGGCAAUGUCAUAGAAAAGCUUCCCCUAGGGAAGUCUGAGGCUUUCCCAGCCUGAAGUAUAGCCAAAUUCUUUUCAGCACCGUUCUAACAAAUUCUGUCACUGACAAGACUUGCCAGCAAUGAAUCUGGUGCAGGGCCCCAGUGUCCUGUGCUAAGAGCACCUCCACCCAUCCCUCCCUGUGAUGAGGUUUAUACAUGGGAUGCUCCAAUGCCCCCAGCUGAUAGCAGCCACCACUGUACCUCAGUGGCCCCUUCUGAGCCCCCUCUUGCUGUGUGCCUGCAGCCCCUCCCUCAGCCUUAGCUCCAGCCAUGGCCCAUGUUCUUAACCUGCUGGGGAUCUCAGCAGGCAGCCUUUCCCAUUCCAUGUGCUUGGCGCCAGGCUCGGGGUCACCAUGUGCAGCUAUCCACACUUACAGUAAGGAGAAAAUAAGCCAGCAAGGCUUUACUGAGGUAGCCCUUGGAAAGCGUGGCUGGGGAACCCAGUGCCUCCAACAGAAGAGGGAUCAGCCCCGAUCUGAAGUUGGUUAGAUUAUGGAACAAACAUGCCUCUGCAUUUGGCUAUUACUUGGUGUUUUGUACUUUUGUAGAGCUGUGGUCUACCCUUUGAGUAAAAAAAAUAAAUCAACAAAUAUAAUGAAAAUGGAGGUGUUCUGCCAGAAUGGAAGAAUUUUGCUAUUGUGGCUCAUUUUGGGGGGAGAGGGAGAGUUUGAGAGGAAAGCCAAUCCUAAUAUUAUGGUCUAGUCCAACAGAAGUUGGACAAGACAGUUUUCAGAGGUCCCUUCCACUCCACAGUAUUCUAUGAUUAAUGGCUGUCUAAACAAAGAGAUGAGGAGAUAAACAAAACAGAGA